AUCAGUGUGAAUUGCAAAUAAUUCGUUUAUGUUUGUGUUUCGUUUAAAUAAACAGACAGAAACAUGGAAGAUGUACAAAAGCACAGCGUGCAUACGCUUAUAUUUAGAUCUCUUAAACGCACACAUGAUGUGUUUGUAUCAAAUCAGGGCAACUUGCCGGAUAUUGACGAGCGUUUCGUGAUGCGGAGUCGUUCGAUUAAAGCAAGGGAUACGUAUGGAUUGGUUAUUGACCGCGCCAUCAAAUCGAUGGACGAUAAAAAGAUGUCCGCAAUACAAAACGGCAGUAUUGACAAACCACUGGCCAUCACAGAUGGCAGCACCGGUCUGGCUGCAGCCGGAUCGGAUUUAAGUGCAACCGGCGCAGACGGCGGGAGCAUGGUUAGGUAUAAUCGCGACAAGGACAAAACACCUUUAAUUGGGAGCACCUCGUUGGUGCGUGCCUCAAUGCCGAGCAGCAGCGGCAGUGGAGCUAGCAAUGUGCAGCUAAUACCAAAGAAAGCACCCAGCAUACCUAAGCCCAAGUGGCAUGCACCAUGGAAACUGUCGCGCGUAAUCUCUGGGCACUUGGGCUGGGUGCGUUGCAUAGCUGUUGAGCCGGGCAACGAGUGGUUUGCUACCGGCGCCGGUGAUCGUGUCAUCAAGAUUUGGGACCUGGCCAGCGGUAAACUGAAGCUCUCCCUUACCGGCCAUGUGAGCACCGUGCGCGGUGUAGCAGUCAGCGCAAAGCAUCCGUAUCUAUUCAGCUGUGGUGAGGAUCGUCAGGUCAAGUGUUGGGAUCUGGAGUACAACAAAGUUAUCAGACACUAUCAUGGCCAUCUGUCUGCAGUCUAUUCAUUGGCUCUGCAUCCCACCAUUGAUGUACUCGCCACAUCUGGGCGUGACUCAACAGCACGCAUCUGGGAUAUGCGCACCAAGGCAAAUGUGCACACAUUGACGGGCCACACGAACACUGUGGCCAGCGUUGUGGCCCAAGCUACCAAUCCUCAGAUCAUAACCGGCUCACAUGAUUCCACCGUCCGCCUGUGGGAUCUGGCUGCCGGCAAGAGCGUCUGUACGCUGACCAACCAUAAGAAGUCCGUGCGCAGCAUUGUUCUCCAUCCAUCGCUCUACAUGUUCGCCUCCGCCUCGCCGGAUAAUAUCAAACAGUGGCGCUGUCCCGAGGGCAACUUUGUGCAGAACAUAUCGGGACAUACGGCCAUUGUGAAUUGCAUGGCGGCCAAUUCGGAUGGUGUGCUAGUCUCUGGCGGCGACAAUGGCACCAUGUUCUUCUGGGACUGGCGUACCGGCUACAAUUUCCAGCGCUUCCAAGCGCCCGUCCAGCCUGGCUCCAUGGACAGCGAGGCGGGCAUAUUCGCCCUAUGCUUCGAUCAAUCGGGCACACGUCUCAUCACCGCCGAGGCGGACAAGACCAUCAAGGUGUACAAGGAGGAUGACGAGGCCACCGAGGAAACGCAUCCGAUCAACUGGCGGCCAGAGCUGCUCAAACGUCGUAAAUUCUAAGAGAUCUAGCAUCUAGUUCAU